AGUCACUGCGCAGCAUUCCCCACAUUCCGAACGCAUGUAAUAAAAGUGAAAACAGCCUCUAGACAGCCUGGCCAUGUUGUUUCACUAGUGUUUGGUUAAACUGUCAAAAAGUUGAUUAAUUAGUGUCAAAAAAAUGGAAGAAACGUCCGUUUCAAAUCCGCCUUUAUUGCCCGAAAAAUCGAAAAAGCGUUACGAAACCACGUACAGAAUGUUUAAAGAUUGGUGUUUGACGAAGAACAAUGCUCCCGUUUCGGAGGCUCUCCUUCUGGCGUACUUUCAGGAGAAGGAUUCGAUUCUGAGGUCACCUUCCAGCAAAUGGUGUGAAUAUUCAAUACUGAAAACGACGAUUUUUAUCAAUGAGAAUAUCGAUAUCUCCAAGUAUUUGAAAUUGAGGGCGUUUUUGAAGCGACAAAAUGCUGGGUAUAAGCCGAAAAAAUCGAAUACUUUCAAUAGGGAAAUGAUUAACCAGUUUUUGGAGCAGGCGCCUGACGAGAAAUAUUUACUUAUGAAGGUCGCCAUGUUGAUGGGAAUCACCGGCGCAUGCCGCAACCACGAACUGUGCGACAUGAAAGUGGAAAACGUGAAAGAAGCCGGCGAUGUUUUCAUCGUAAAAAUCCCCGAUUCAAAUACGGGUAUUCCCCGAAUGUUUGUCCUCACCGAUCAUUUAGACAAAGUGCGCAAAUACAUCGAGUUUCGCUCGAAAAUAACCGUCGAUUGUUCGCGUUUUUUCAUGCGAUAUCAUGAAGGCAGAUGUUACAAUCAACCAGUUGGCAUAAACACAUUCCUUGAAAUUCCCUCCAGAAUCGCCAAGUAUUUGAAUUUGGAAAAUGCCGAAGGUUACACGGGACGCGCCUUUCGCAAAACUUCGGCAAUGUUGUCGGCCAACAUCGGCCUAGCUCGGUGGAAUUUCCCCUGUAUUAAUGAAAACAUCACAAAGGUUUCCCCGAUUAUUCAAAAUAAUAAUACUAUUAGUAGUGAAGUUGUUAAUCUCGAUGCUCCUGAGGAGUUGGUAAAUGUUAAGGAAGAAGUGUUGAGUGACGAAAUGUCAAGUGUGGAGGAUAAUACGAGCGAAGCGAAUAAAAUCUCCUACAAUAUUAACGGUAGUGAAGUUGCCGAUUUAUCGACAACUCGCUGCAAAGACGAGAUUGUUAUCAACGGGAGCGAUUUUUCAAGCUCGGAUCAAAAUAUUAAAAUCACUAAAACGGAAAAUAAUGGAAAUCCGUCGUUUGUUAUUAAUGUUAGUAAUUGUAGCAAUUGUAAUCUCACUAUAAAUAUAAAUUAUUGAACUAUU